AGCUGGCUGCCUCAUUAUGGUUAACCUGCUGGCGACGACAGGUGUCGAGCCCUGUUCUUAGUGCAGGAACACCAGGAUGCAUACAAGGAGUAUACAGACAACGAGGACAUAUACUAGGGGGGUCCAACACAUGACAGAUUAUACGAAGACCUUAAAAGAUACACACGUAUUGAUUUGAACAGCUUUCUUAUUGGAAGAAUGUAGAAUGUUCUUAAUGUACUGCUUGACCUCCUCAUGGAAGAGUGGGUUUUUUUUAUUAGUGAAUUUACAUCACAUGUCGAGAUACAUUUAUAAUACUCAACGUUUUAUGGCUGCGUGUGGAUGUAACAGAACAACCGGAACAGAACAGAGCUGAAGAUUAGAUGGACGGGUUUGCAGGUGACAUACUGAGCGGUGGCGGGGCGUUGCUAGGCGAGGACAGCUCGGUCAUGGCCCGCAUGCAGAAGAAGUUUUGGAAGACGAAGCAGGUUCUGAUCAAGGCCACAGGGAAGAAGGAGGAUGAGUACGUGGUGGCUUCUGAUGCCGACCUCGACGCCAAGCUGGAGUUGUUCCACUCGGUACAGACCACCUCCACUGAGCUGUUGAAGGUGAUUGAGAAAUAUCAGCGGAGGAUCACACACCUGUCUCAGGAGGAGAAUGAGUUGGGGAUGUUUCUGAGGUUCCAGGCAGAACACGACCGCACCAAGGCUGGCAACAUGAUGGACGCAACUAGCAAGGCCCUGUGUGCCUCGGCCAAGCAGAGGCUGGUCCUGUGCCCGCCCCUACACCGGAUGGAGCAGGAGGUGGAGACGUUUCGGCGGCGUGCGAUCGCUGACACGCUCCUGACCGUGACCCGGAUGGAGAAAUCCAGGACGGAAUACCGUGGAGCGCUGCUCUGGAUGAAGGACGUCUCUCAGGAACUCGACCCGGACACCUGUAAACAUCUGGACAAGUUCCGCAAGGUGCAGUCCCAGGUCAGAGGUUCGAAGGACCUGUUUGAGAAGCUAAAGAACGAUGUGUGUCAGAAGGUUGACAUGCUGGGAGCCUCCCGUUGUAACAUGCUGUCUCACUCUCUCUGCACAUAUCAGAUCACCCUCCUCCAGUUCUGGGAGAGGACCGCCUGUGUGAUGAGUGGGAUUCAUGAGUCUUUUAAAGGCUUUGUCCCCUACCAGUUCACCACUCUCAAGGACCUCCGGGACCCUCUGGAGCAGCUGACUGAUUUAGACCAAACCAACCGGGACCAUAACAAAGAGAAGGACAUACAGAGUAACAGUCUGGUCUCUCUGGAUGAAGAGAAGCCAUCAGAAUCAGCCUCUGGCCCCUUCCAUGCUGCUGAUGGACAGAGCCACAUCAGUGAAAGCUCUCUGUGUGCUAGUCUGGACUCUGCCCUGUGUGACCUCAGUGGGCAUCUCAGUACAGCCAGCACCGAUGACGACCUCUUACUCCUGGCCUGUGACCAGCCCCAGCCUGGCCUCUCCUCCUCCAUGCAGCCUCUGGCCCCUCUACAGACCACAGCAGCCUCUGGUGGUCCCUGGGGGUUUGGAGGUGGGGACCUCUCUGGAAGCUCUCUACUACAGCAGGGUCCCAGGGUGGGGGACAAGGAGGAGGAGGACAGAGAGACUGGGGACAUGGCCUUUCUGAAGGACCUCCUGAGCCCUGGACCAAUGGACGCAGACGAGUUCAGUCGAGAGUGGCAAGGCACCUUUGGCUGCUUGGAGUUCUCUGACCCUGUCCCCCCCACCCCCACCCUAGUCCCUCCUCCACCUACUGGAGUGGCCUGCCCCCCCUCUCAGUCCCCCAGUCCCACCGGCUUCCUGCCCUCCCAGCUGCUGGACCACAGUCUGAGUUCUACAGGCUGGGCGACGCCUCCCAUGUUCCAGGCUCCGCCCCUACAGUCCCCAGUGUCUGGCCAGGUCCAGUCAGCUAAGGGUGGCCCAAAGUCAACAGCCAAUGUUCCUAAAGCUGCAUCGCGGGACAUGUCUGCAUGGUUCAACCUGUUUGCUGAUCUGGACCCCCUCUCUAACCCUGACACCAUAGGACGCUCUGAUGAUGAGAUCCUCAAUGCCUGAGGGGGGUGUGUGUGUGUAGUUACUGUAUACUUUGUAAUGUCUGUAAUAUUCUAUAUUGAUGAUUGAGGAGGAUUUGACUGAGAUUCAUCUUCUAUACAGGAUAUGUACUGUAAGUGGGGUGGGCUUAACCUUAGAGAUAUAAUAUAGAACCUAUCACCGGACCGGGCUCUACCAGUGACAUGGUCUAUAGUACUAAUUAUAAAGCGGGUAGUUUGGGUCCUGAAUUCUGAUUGGCUGAAACAGCAUUCCAGUGUUGUGUAUAUCAGACAAUAUACCACAACUCCUAGUUUCCUGUUCCGUUUAUGUUGGUGAGCAGUUUAGAAUAGCAAUACUGGGUUGGUGGUAUAUGGCCAGUAUAGCACUGCUAAGGGCUGUAUCCUGGACCUCUGCUUCGCGUCGUGCCAACAGCCCUUAUGCGGGGUAUAUUGGCCAUGUAUCACAGCCCCUCUGGCCUCAUUGCUUAACUAAAGACUCCCCGUAAUCUGAUCCGUUUUUGGUUCUAAAGGAAGUCGAAGUAUCCACACUGGAGUGAUGUGGAUCUAUGCCAAGCAAGGGACAGCUUAUACAGUGGGUUAACAUUGGCUUUAGGUCAUCACUGCCCCCCCCAUCACUGAUUAUUUGGACGAAGGCAGUGUGGUAAAAUCAGCAGGGGGGAGGCAAACCCGGAACACCCAAUUUAUUAAACACAUGGACCCAGAACAUGGACCCAGAACUUGGACCCAGAGACCCAGAACAUGGACCCAGAGACACAGAGACCCAGAACAUGGACCCAGAGACCCAGAACAUGGACCCA